AUGUCAACGACCGGCCCAGCAUCAGCCGAUGCAGACUCAAAAUUAGAGCAUCAGGAGGCCGAGAUCCCAUCUUCGUCGCCACUAUCGCUGCAUUCUGAGCUAGACUCGCCGGUGAAGCCUGUGCGACCGCGACGCCAGGCAGCGGCCAAUAAACGCUACACAUCACCGCCUAGAAACGAGCCUAAAUCAAUUCCACAGCGGCAAAAGAAGAAGCCUGCAGCUGCCAAACGGGCUGUCAAGAAGAACAAGUGGGAUGCGGAGAGCAUCUUAAAGGAUCCAAAGUCUCCUCUAGCUACCGCUAACCUGAGGAGCAUCUUAUGCAAUCCCCUGACAUGGACCGCCCUGGAUCAGGAUGAAAAGACAGAGAUUCUAUCGCUGUUCCCCGACAAGGGACACAUUCUCGACGCCGGCACAGAAGACGCGCGGCCCAACUUUGCGUCACUCAUGAACGACGACAGCUUUCGCUACGACUGCGCGGCCUACACGGACAACAUUGCGCAAGGCCGCCAUGAUCCGGAAUGGCUGGCGUCUGCCUGGAGCGCCUAUGAGAGGAGAAAGGCGGGUGACUUUGACAAGUAUCUGAUUGAUAAGCUGGAGGAGGACUGGGGAGUUGAGAUUCCGGAAGACAUGAAGCUGAGGCGGACGCCGCCUGUGAUGGAAGCGGAUGAGGGUGAGAAAUUGGAAAUGGAUGACUCUAAGGAAUUGGAGAGGGACGACUCUAAGGAAUUGGACAAGGAUAACUCUAAGAAAGAAAUGUCCAUGGCCGAGAUAAAGGCAAGAGCAAAGAUAGAUGAUAGCAUGGAGAUUGAUGAGCUUGCACUCUGA